AUGCUGGACGGUUCAACACCAGAAAGUAUCGCACCCGACGCAGGCGAAAACGCAAUCAACCACGAAGAUCAACCAGUGCUCAAGAUCCGCGCCUCCUCGAAACACCUCACCCUCUCCUGCCCCCAGUUCACCCGCACCCUGCACAGCGGCUUCCAGGAAUCCCACGACCUCCAGAAAACCGGACACCUGGCCCUCGAAAUCGAGAACUGGGACCCCACGGCCUUCCUGGUGCUCCUGCUGAUCCUGCACGGGCGCACACGCCCCGUCCCACGGAGAAUGACACUCGGGAAACUCGCCGACUUCGCCGUGCUGGUCGAUUACUACGAGUGCCACGAGGCGGUCGAGGUCUUCACGGAUAUGUGGAUCGGUGGGUUGAAGAGGACGGCCCCGACGCCGGCGCCGACGCCGGCUUCGCUGGCCGAGGCGGAGGAGUGGCUGUUCGUCGCGCGGGUGUUUCAGCAGCGGGAGACGUUCGCGCGGGCGUGCGGGUAUCUGCAGAGGAAUCUGACCAGCGGGUUUUGUUCGGAGUUGCCGGUUUCGAGGCGAGUGUGCGACGCGAUUGAUCGGUCGAGGGAGGAUGCCAUCCGCGCGAUCCUCGACCGUCUGCAUGACCGCGUCGCCGGGUUGCGCUCGGACAGGGUGCACUGCUCGUAUGAAUGUGACUGUGUGCUUCUGGGGGCGCUCAUGAAGCACAUGCGUCGACUGGGGAUUCUGGCGAAACCGCCGCCGCCGUUCGAGGGGAUCGGGCUCGAGCGGCUGGCGAAGGAGGCCCCGGGGGUGGUGGUGCCGAGGUGGUACGAGCGCGGCGGAGAGAUCCAGCAUUCGUGCCUGGCGACGCUGGAUUUCAAUUCCUCGCUGAGAGGGUCCGGGGAUGCGCUGCCGGGUGUGGAUAUGGAGGAGUUGACCGAGUUGAGGAGGAGGUGA